AAGCAACUUCUUAUGCAGGGUCCUCGAGAAAAUCAGACCCUAUACUUAGAAAUAAAUAUUACACUUCAUGUUUCACUCUCAAUAGAAUCAUAGCGCGCAUCGCCCGUUCACAGCCAAAGCAAAACCCGAGGACAAACCGAGCCCUUUUUAGCUACAAUCGCCAACCUUCAACACGAAAACAAAAAUGAAACAUAGAAAACACCAAGGAACGGAGACUACUAUUAAUCCUUUUGGCACGCCUGCAAGGUGUUUGAGAAAAUUCCCCACCGAGAAACAGAGCAGCAAUAUUUGUUUCCCCUAAAGGCCUGUUGAGUGAUGCCUGAAAUGGAUAUGGUGGCCAUAAAAGACUAUGACAUGCAAGUAAUAGGAAGCUUUCUCCAUUGCGCAUCAAGAGGUGAUAAAGUAGGGUUAAAUCAAAUGCUACUGGGUGGAACUUCUCCAGAUGUUCAAGACUACGAUAGGAGAACUGCUUUGCAUCUUGCAGCUAGUGAGGGGCAUGCAUCGAUUGUAGAACUUCUGAUACAGUAUAAUGCCAAUGUUAAUCUUGAAGACCGUUGGCAGAGAACCCCAUUGAUGGACGCAAGACUCUACGGACAUAGAGAUAUUAUCAGGAUCUUGGAAGUAAAUGGAGGCAGAGAUUCCUUUGACGAACGUCCUAUGACUAUUCGUCACGAACAUGGUCUGAAUGAAGUGAAUAUUGAUCCCUCAGAGCUAAGUUUGGAGCAUACUUCUGUAGUUGAGCAGGGCAUUUUUGGUGAAUCUAAGAAGGUUAAGUGGCGCGGAACGUGGGUUGUUAAAACCAUAAUUAAAACACAAAAAUCUUUUCUGGAAACAAAAAAAUGGUUUGCAAAAGAAAUCUCUCGUCUCAGAGAGCUACGACACCCAAAUAUUUUGCAGUUUCUUGGUGCAAUCGUCCAUGAGGAUGAAAUUGUCCUUAUUACCGAGCAUUUACCUAAGGGGAAAUUGUCUCAAAUAUUGAAUGGCAAAGUGCUUGACAUAUUCACAUCCCUCCGAUAUGCACUCGACAUUGCUAGGGGGAUGAACUAUCUUCAUCAACACAAGCCUCACCAUAUUGUUCAUAAUUAUUUGUGCCCUAGAAACUUGUUGCAAGAUGAAGGAGGACACUUAAAAAUUGGCGAAUAUUGGGUUCAGCUGAUGUACGAAAAGAUGUAUCCUUAUCAAGAGAACUGUAAGGGGACUGAUAUUUCAACUAGCAUGGUCAAGCCUUCUACUGAUACUAAGAGAGAUUUAUUUUCAUUUGCAAAUAUAUUGUAUGAGAUGCUGGAAGGGCGUGCAUUAUUUCCUAAUGUGAACUUGGAUUGCACAAAAUUGAACUCUGCAGAGUCUGGAUCGUUUGAACCAAAGUUUAGGCUAAGUCGAUGCCCCAUAAGGAUCCAACAGCUGGUAAAAGAUUGCAUGAAAGAAGAGGACUCUCGGAGGCCAACAUUUGCUGCUGUUAUAGUAAUCCUUGAGGAAGUCUAUGAUUCCUUAGCCAUUCCGGGUUGCCCUAGUGUCUGUUAACAAGUAAUUCAGUUUCCACUGGGCUUUCCAGGACAUGAACGUUCUCAAAUGCGAACAUGUGUAAGUCGAACCUAUAACAAGUACAUAUAAUUGUACUUCUAUACAAAUCCUAUAUUAUGUCCUUGAUUACGCUUUCUGUAAUACUUGAUUAUAAUUUAAAUAUCAAACAUGCAUUUUGCCUCUUGGGAUUUAUGUGGUGCCUCAGAUGUGUAUCUUAUGAUCAUAUUGAUAUAAUCUUAAAAAGGUGGUUCAGAUGUUGACA